AUGUCAUCUGAAAGUUUGUGCGAAAUCAUAGCUGCAGGGAAAGAAUCAGGGUACACUGACCAAGAUUUAAAAGACUAUGCAAAAGAGCAACAGGACAGAUUGAGAGAUGAAAGAAUGGCUUUGAGAGAGAAAGAGAAACAAGAUAGAGCAUAUAAAUUAGAAAUGGAAAGGUUAGAUCAACAGUUGAAAUUCAAAGGAUUGGAACAUAAACAUGAACUUGAAAUGAUGAUGAAACAUGGUUCUGUUGAGCUUGCCACAGCAAAAGUCAGCUGUUACUCUUGUCAGCAGGAUGGGCGGCCUAUCAUCCUACUGCGUGACACAGGUUGUAAGAACAUUGUCGUCUGGUGCAUGGACAAUCCAGUAUUUGACCUCAUUAUUGGUGAAGUGAAUGACGCAAGAAAACUAUAUGAUCCAAAUCCAAAAUACAAAACAGUAAUUGCUGUGGAAACAAGUCAACAUAGACACAGUCUAGACUUUGACAUCACAUUACGUCGCAUACCAUUCUUUUCGCACCGAGUUGUCUACGAAUUUUUCCGUUUACCCAAUCAUGACGGCGAGUGUGACUGGUCGACAGAGGAUACUCAUUCCUCCACGGCAUCGGAUCCCACCUCUGUUUUCAAAGAAAUGACAGAGACCACUCAGAUUACAAUGAAAGAAACCACCGAUUUCUCAAGAACAUAUUCCAUUCCAUCAGAGAGAACUCAAAAUCCCACAGAUAAACCCUGUCCUUGUCAACAUGAAGGGACUUGCAUAGAUUCUCGCUGUGUUUGCCUCCUUGGAUAUAAAGGCAGAUAUUGUGAGGAUGAAUACAUAAAAAUUCUAUCCUAUAAGAGUAGCAACUCAGUAAUACGCGAAGGAAAGUCAGUGAGGUUCCAAUCAGAGAUCCUUGCUCCUGCUGGUUCCAGCGUCCAGUGGUUUCGCAAUGGAAACUUGAUAAGCAAUACAGCAUCCAGAUAUAUAAUGAUCUCUUCGAAAACAGUAAAUGGUACAUCGCUUCAUGUCCUAAAUAUCACAAGUGUUUUGCAGCGGGAUGAAGGAUAUUGGGUAAUUGCAGUUUCAAAAGGUUUGACCACUGAAGCCAGGAAUAAAACUAUAAGAGUUGUUCCAAGACUUCUGCUGCAGAUGACACCACAAUACGAUUUUUCAAUUAAAAGUGGAGAAAGUAUAAACCUUCGAUGUGAUGUCACCAAUCCUAAAUCUCUGACUAAUUUAUCGAAAGGAAGUUUAAUCUGGAAGAAAAAUGGGAUGAAAAUAUCACCAGAUUCUGGGUUAAACAUAAGAACAACAAACAUGUCUACUACUCUAAAGAAGGAAUGGGCGGAUCUUGUAGAUUCCGGCAGUUUUUCCUGCUCCCACUCUAGCUAUCCAGAUCCAGUGUCUGUUUCUAUAAAUAUUUCUGUUACAAAGCCAGAACAAAUCCGAUGUGUAGACGAAAAGUUUGAUAAUAUCAUAUGGAAAUCAACGGUUGCUGGAACAACUAAAAAAGAACCAUGUCCAGAAAAUCAAAAAGGAACUGCGACCAGAUAUUGUGAUUUUAAAGGUGUUUGGGAAACCCCAAAUCUCAUCAAUUGUACUGAUGUCGCUUUUGUAAAUGCCAAUAAAGAGUUGGACAGUAUAAUUGCUGAUGGUAUAACUGAGAAUGUAGAUGAGGCAGUGAACAACACUUUAGUGAAGAUGAAGAACCUGACAUCAAAGAGUAGUGUACUGAGUGCCGGGGAUAUCAGCUCAUCUCUUGACAUCCUAGAGAAGAUAGUCAACGUCACAAAUCUGACGAGUGCAAAUGUAGAAAAAGAGGCCUUCUUCGAGGUUGUUGACAACGUUUUAUCAACAAACAAUUCCAAAUCAUGGACUGCCGUCAGCGAUAAGACAGAAAAGGAUGCUAGUUCACUUUUAAAGAAUAUGGACCGAAUGAGUGAAGUUGUUUUGAAGAAAGAAAACAUAACGGCAUCUAAAUUCAAAGGCAAAAAUUUUGAGGUGUCUGUUGACAAAACAAAGGUAGAUGAAAGGGGAAUUGUUUUCCCAGAAAAAUCCGAGAACACACCAAAUGAUACUUCAACGGAUUCGAAGGAAUAUUCCACAUUUCUUGAAUUACCAAAGCAAACAAAUAAAAUUGAAAAAGCUGUUACUUAUGUAGCUGUCAUAUACAAGACGAUUUCAGAUAUUUUACCCACGGAUUCAAGUUCAGACACAGAAAAUUCGGACGAGGUAAAAGAAGGAAAAGAUACAACAAAAGAUUUCGUUAAUUCUGAAAUUCUUUCACUUACUACUCAGACUGAUUUGGGAAUUCUCUCCCCUCCUCUCAGUUUAGCCUUUCAGCACAAACGCAAGAAUAAAAGUACUGACCUUCAAGUAGUUUGUGUGUCUUGGGAUUUCACCAUUAACAAAUGGUCUGAAAAGGGUUGCAAAGUAAAUUCCACCAACAACAAGAGGACAGUUUGUCAGUGUAACCAUCUGACUAACUUUGCCAUUCUGAUGAGACCUUACACACCUGAGACUGAAGACAAAGCAUCACUGAAGACUUUAUCCUUCGUUGGUGUUAUUGUCUCCAUUGCUUUUACAGUUUUAACCUUUAUUAUAUUUAUUCUGACUUGGAAACAAGUAAGGAGUGAUCAAAAUACAAUGCUGCUUAAUCUUUGUGGAUCGCUGGUCGUAUCCUACAUCGUCUUCAUCACAGCUGUUGAAAAGACGGAAAAUGAGGCUGUCUGUACUUUCGUCACGGCUCUUAUCCAUUAUCUUUUCUUGGUGACCUUCUUCUGUAUGUUGAGUAUGGGUAUCUACUAUUGCAUGAGUAUAACCGUGACAUUCUACGCCAUGUAUGUAGCCAACAAUUUCAAGUCUAAAUCCAGAGUGCAAUGGUUCCUCUUGGGGUCAUGGGGCAUUCCGUUAAUCAUUGCAGCAAUAACUCUAGGAGCCUUCUGGGGGAAUGAUUAUCAUCUUAAACACUAUUGCUGGCUCUCAAUGGAAAGUGGUUCCCUUUUUCUCUUCAUUGUUCCAGUUUGUCUUAUUGUUGUGAUUAACAUGAUUAUAAUGGUGUCCCUGAUUCGAGUGUUGUGCGCUUCCAGUGCCAUGACAAAAUCUUCACUUCAGAAAAAGGCCGCAUCUGGAUUACGGUCUCUCGGUACCCUUUUACCUGUACUAGGUGUUACCUGGAUAUUUGGAGUCUUGGCUGUAAAUGAAAGCGCUGAAAUAUUUCAGUACAUUUUCAUCAUAGCCAAUUCCUUACAGGGUUUAUGUAUAUUCAUUUCACACGUGCUUUUAAACAAAAAGCUGUUGCUGGGUAUGAAGACAAAGUACCCAUCUCUAAGUGGACUGAGUAUAUUCACAGAAUCAAGCAAAAAGGAAACAUCUUCUGUAUCAAGGUCACAUUCAUCAAGAUCUGAGACUUCAUUGGUGAAACCAAAGAAAAAGAGAAUACCGCCAAUAUUUGGAAUAUUUUCGAGCAAAAAGACUGGGAAGAACAAUAAAGUCAUGAAAUCCAACUCUUUUAUGACGGAUAAAACUGUGUCUACUGAUUGUCCCUGUAGUGAAAUUCAGGAAAAUAGUUUGAGUAAAAUUGAUGAAUGGGCCAACAGCGUAGCUCGCAUACCAAGAGCGAAACAAAUCAAGGGGUACUCAAAUUUCAUCGAAGGAAGUAUUUUAUCUCAUAUAACAGAAUCCAAUUUUAAAAAUCAAUUCAUAUAUAUCCAGGUGAAAAUAUCAGCAGAUGCCUCUACAAUCAUUGGUUCAGAAUGUGAGUGCAAAGCAGGGAAUGGACACUGCAGCCAUUCUUUAGGUCUUCUCUACCUGGUAUCCCAUUACCAGAAACUUGGACUAACAGCUGUUCCACCAGUCCAGAGCAAGACAUCACUGCCACAAACAUGGCAUAUUCCCAGUAGAGUGGAAGGACUUGCUCCGAAAUCUGUGGAUAGUUUAGAAAUUUCUAAAAUCAAACCACAACAGGGUCCUCCCAAAAAGAAAAAGAGGGUCACUGAAGGCAUUCUACCCAACAUUUACUGCCCUGUUGAGAAACCCAUCUCAUCAGAUUUCUCUCAGCAGUUGAUCUUGAACUUGAAGUCUGUUGGAAGUGAUGCGCAGAUUCUCAAAAUUCUGCCCUCCACUUCAACACGUACAGCAGAAUCAACAUUUGGUCCAGUACCCUUUGGAUGCCCAUUGUCAUACCAACAGAAAUUAAACUCAACAAUCACAGACAUACUUAACCAUCCAGAUGUAAUUUAUCCCAAUUUUCCAUGUCCAAAUUUACAACAGGCCUACAAUGCAGUUUUGCCUGAGAAUCAACUAAACAUGUUACUAGGAAUGCACGUCACUGAAACAACCAGCAGAGAAGUGGAGGAGCAAACAAGACUUCAAAGUCACAACAAAACAUGGCAUGAUGUCAGAAAAAACCGAAUUACAUCUUCAGUGUUUAAGGAUGUUUGUUCGCGCAGAUCAGACUUUGCAGCUCUUGCUUCCAGACUUCUGAAGUCUAAAAACAUAAUGACGGCUCAGAUGAAAUUCGGCAUAGAAAAUGAGCCAGCUGCUGCAAAAACCUAUAGCGAGAUAACAGGCAAUAGUGUCUACCUGUGUGGGUUUGUGAUAAACCCUAGUGCCCCAUAUCUCGGCACAUCACCGGAUAGGAAAGUGUUUGAUCCAAAUGCAAUUCCAGAGUAUGGACUCCUUGAAAUAAAAUGCCCGAGCAAAGACUCGUUUACAGAGUGUAGAUAUCUUGUACAGAACAAGAACAAUCAUUCAUUUAAACUGAGGACCAGUCACGGUUACUAUUUCCAGGUCAUUGGCCAAAUGGCACUAACUGGACUGAAAUGGUGUGACUUUUUUGUCAAGUGUAGACAUGAUUUUCACAUGGAACGAAUAUCAUUUGAUCAGGACAAAUGGGAUUCAAUGAAGUCUUCUUUGGACAAAUUCUACUUUGAGGAAAUGCUUCCACAAAUAUGUCACAAAGAUUAA